UAGCCUUAAUGAUGUUAACCAUGUUGCUAUAGCACAAAGCUUCACACAACUCUUUUCAAACUGCUCGGGAAUGACUGGCGGUCAAUGCGAAGCCGUCAGAUCCACUUAGAUCAGCGCACCCGUAGACAUGAUUGUGAUCAGCAAGAGGGCGGUGGAGUGGGUUUACUCUCUGGUACUACUAUGCAUUGUGCUGAUCUCUUGGGGUUACGUUCUCUAUGCUACACGGCUUGCGGCUCUUUGGCAGCUGCAGAAAAAAUAUCCAAAUCAACUAAUCCUCUGAAGAGGUGGAAAGUGCCGUUCAGAUACACCUCGACACUGAAACCGGUGCUUUGCAGCUGGACGUAGGCAUCACACCGAGCAGCUAAAGAGAUCUGUGCUGCAGGAGAUGACGGAAGAAGCCGGUCCUCCUCCAUGACGGAAGAGAUUUACCACCACGACGUUUUCUUGGAUCCACAUUCCUAAAACCAUUGCUUAACCUCAUAUAAUUACUUCCAAUAUGUUUACAUAUUAACUAGCAAUAUUGAAUGGUACUUGGGUCUUUUAUUAAGUGUCCGGUUAAGCAUUGAAUCAAGAAAAAAGGACACUAAAUGACUAAAAUAAAUUAAAUAAAACAAAUGUAAUAAUUUUAUUUUUGUAUAAAAAUGUAAUCUUUUUGGACAUGCUGUAGAAUUCUAUUUUGUUUCUAAGUAAAUAUUCAAAUACCUGGAUUUUGUCACGUCUUAUGUGUUCAGUAUAGAAGUACAACCUUUAGUAUGCAGUUCCAUAUACAUCAUACAAAAUAAUCUACAGGGUUUUAGUCACUAAGACCUGUAU